AUGAUAAACAAAUUUCUCCCUAUUCGUAAAACUCACCCUAUCUUAAAAAUUAUUAAUAAUUCCUUAAUUGAUCUUCCUUCCCCCUCUAAUAUUUCAUCUUUAUGAAAUUUUGGUUCAUUAUUAGGUUUAUGCUUAAUUAUUCAAAUUAUUACUGGAUUAUUUCUAACUAUAUAUUAUACAGCUAACAUUGAAUUAGCAUUUUAUAGUGUCAAUUAUAUUUGUCGUAAUAUUAAUUAUGGUUGAUUAAUUCGUACUCUUCAUGCAAAUGGAGCCUCUUUUUUCUUUAUUUGUGUUUAUAUCCAUAUUGGACGAGGAAUCUAUUACGAAUCAUUCAAUUUAAAAUUAACUUGAAUAGUUGGUGUAAUUAUCUUAUUCUUACUAAUAGGAACUGCUUUCCUUGGAUAUGUUUUACCUUGAGGCCAAAUAUCAUUUUGAGGAGCCACAGUAAUUACAAAUCUUCUUUCAGCCAUUCCCUAUUUAGGAACUAUAUUAGUUAAUUGAAUUUGAGGGGGAUUUGCUGUUGAUAAUGCUACAUUAACCCGAUUUUAUACUUUCCAUUUUUUGUUCCCCUUUAUUAUCCUCAUAUUAACUAUAAUUCACCUUUUAUUUCUUCAUGUAACAGGAUCUAACAAUCCAUUAGGUAUUAAUAGAAACUUAGAUAAAAUUCCUUUCCACCCAUUUUUUGUUUUCAAAGACUUAAUUGGAUUUAUUAUUUUAUUAUUUUUAUUAAUUAUAUUAACUCUAACUAAUCCUUACUUAUUAGGGGACCCAGAUAAUUUUAUCCCUGCUAACCCCUUAGUUACUCCAGUUCAUAUUCAACCAGAAUGAUAUUUUUUAUUUGCUUACGCUAUUCUACGAUCAAUUCCUAACAAAUUAGGAGGAGUAAUUGGAUUAGUAUUUUCCAUCCUUAUUUUAAUUAUUCUUCCUUUUACUUUUAAUAAAAAAAUUCAAGGAAUUCAAUUUUAUCCUAUUAACCAAAUUAUAUUUUGAUCUUUAAUUACCAUUAUUUUUUUAUUAACAUGAAUUGGAGCUCGUCCCGUUGAAGAUCCUUAUAUUAUUACUGGACAAUUAUUAACAUUUUUUUAUUUUUCUUAUUUUAUUUUAACUCCUAUUAUUAAUAAAUUAUGAGAUAAUUUAAUUUUUAAUU